CGUUGGCACAUGGUGGCAGGCACUGUAGUUUCUGACACCUUGCCUAAAUCAUUAUGCAUGUGCGAUUGAGCUGCAUUGACAGUGAUGAAAAUUAUCUUUAUUCAAAAGACCACUUCUUGAAUUUUUACGUGACUGCUGGGUGCGUGACAAUGACCAACAAGUGCACUUUUUCAAUUCAGCUCGACACACCCCAAGGAAACCAUGCCAGCUCGAUUCGAUGUGCACAGGACAUGUCCCCAGAUUUGCUGAGCUUGGCUAACAUCUAGAAAGCAGAUUACCAACCACGUUGAAAACAAUGGAAUUGUCUGAAGUUCGAUGUUCCAGUGCAAGCGAAGAACUCUACACCAUCAACAGGACGCCAACCAGCAACAGCAGCACGCGACCCAAAAGGUUGUUGUGGCAGAACGCGGUUCGACACAUCACUGAGCAGAGGUUCAUCCAUGAGCAGAGCGAAGCGAAAGGCAUCACACCAGAUGAGCACUACGACCAAAGCCUACGGAAAGAGUCUGCGGGUAGAACCUCGGUAGGCGACAGACACAACAAUGGGGGAACCAAAGUCUUCCCUGAGCGUGCGAGCAGUGACCUAGGAUUUCUCCAAAUCGAUUGCGCUCCAAGCAACUCAGACUUUUUCUUGAACUGGGGGUACACAUACAGAGGCGUAAUAUUCCCCACUCUACGCAAUUCUUUCAAAUCUCGGGACCUCGAGUGUCUGUACCAACGCUACUUUUUGGGCCAGAGGCGCAAAUCGGUGGUGGUGAUGAACAUUUUGGAUGUGGUGACCAAACUAACCCUGUUGGUUUUACAUUUAACUCUUGCGUCUUCGCCAAUGGAUCCCAUCAAAGGAAUGCUCUUGGGCUUUUUCACUGGCAUCGAAGUGGUCAUUUGUGCCUUAGUGGUAGUCCGAAAAGACACGACCUCUCACAGCUAUCUGCAAUACAGCGGCGUGGUGACGUGGGUGGUCAUGGCCACGCAGAUUUUGGCGGCUGGAUUGGGCUACGGACUCUUGGGCGAUGGAGUCGGAUACGUGCUUUUCACCCUCUUUGCCACUUACAGUAUGCUUCCCUUGCCUCUCACUUGGGCUAUUCUGGCUGGUUUGGCCACCUCAACACUCCACAUUGUUGUACAGCUAUUCAUCUCCCCAAAUGCACAGCUCUCCACAAAUCAGGUGGUGGCCCAGGCAGUGUUGUUCAUGUGUAUGAACACGGCUGGGAUCUUUAUCAGCUACCUGUCGGACCGUGCCCAGCGCCAGGCCUUCCUGGAGACCAGGAGGUGCAUCGAGGCCAGGCUACGUCUGGAGACAGAGAACCAGAGACAGGAAAGGCUGGUGUUGUCCGUUUUACCCCGGUUUGUGGUAUUGGAGAUGAUCAACGACAUGACAAAUGUGGAUGACGAGCACCUCCAGCACCAGUUUCACAGAAUCUAUAUCCAUCGCUAUGAGAAUGUCAGCAUUCUUUUUGCAGACGUUAAAGGAUUCACGAACCUCUCGACGACGCUAUCGGCACAAGAGCUGGUGCGAAUGUUGAACGAGCUCUUUGCACGCUUCGACCGUCUAGCCCAUGAGCACCAUUGUCUGAGGAUUAAGAUUUUAGGAGACUGCUACUACUGUGUGUCCGGUCUUCCUGAACCUCGACAGGACCACGCUCAUUGCUGUGUAGAGAUGGGCCUCAGCAUGAUUAAGACAAUCAGAUAUGUAAGAUCACGCACAAAGCAUGACAUCGACAUGCGAAUCGGGAUCCAUUCGGGAUCGGUCCUGUGUGGGGUGCUGGGACUGAGAAAGUGGCAGUUUGACGUGUGGUCGUGGGACGUGGACAUCGCCAACAAGCUGGAGUCAGGGGGGAUCCCUGGACGAAUCCACAUCUCCAAGGCGUCCCUGGACUGCCUGAAUGGUGACUACGAGGUAGAGGAAGGCCAUGGCAAGGACCGCAACGAAUUCUUGCGCCGCCACAACAUCGAGACGUACCUGAUCAAGCAGCCCGAAGAGAGCCUACUCACGCUGCCCGAGGACAUCAUGAAGGAGGCGACCAGCACCGACCGACGAGUCAGCAGCGCCACCUUCAACCAGGGCUCCUGGAGUCCCGAGCUGCCCUUCGACAACAUCGUGGGCAAGCAGAAUACUCUGGCUGCCCUAACAAGAAAUUCUAUAAAUCUGCUUCCAAACCAUCUUGCACAAGCUUUGCAUAUCCACUCUGGUCCUGAGGAAAUUAACAAGGGAAUAGAGAGUGCCAUCGACUUACGGAGUGGUGAUAAGUUGAGAAGAGAGCAUAUCAAGCCUUUCUCACUGAUGUUUAAAGACUCCAGCCUGGAAGAAAAGUAUUCCCAAAUGAGGGACGAAGUGUUCAAGUCCAACCUGGUGUGCGCCUUCAUCGUGCUCAUCUUCAUCACGGCCAUUCAGAGCCUGCUGCCUUCUGCCAGGAUGGUUACCAUGGUGAUCCAGUUUUCCGUGCUCAUCGUCCUGCACUCAUUCCUAGUCCUGGUGACCACGGCGGAGGACUACAAGUGCCUGCCGUUGGUCCUGCGAAAGUCCUGCUGCUGGAUCAAUGAGACCUACAUGGCCCGCAACGUCAUCGUCUUUGUCUCCAUCCUCAUCAACUUCCUGGCGGCCAUGAUCAACAUUCUGUGGUGUGAUUUUGACAAGUCCAGCACCUUCAGCAACCAGACCUUCAACACAUCCACCCCCAUCCCUGACAUCUGCUUCUACCCUGAGUAUUUUGUGUUCACGGGGGUGCUCGCCAUGGUGACGUGCGCGGUGUUCCUGCGACUGAACUCGGUCCUAAAGCUCGCUGUGCUCCUGGUCAUGAUUGCUAUCUACUCCCUACUCACUGAAGCCUUCUACACCUCCCUGUUUUUACGCUACGACUAUGUCCACCACAACACAGAAAACUUCCUUGGGACUAAAGAGACCUCCUUGCUUCUGAUGGCUAUGUUCCUCCUUGCUGUAUUUUACCACGGGCAGCAGCUGGAAUACACUGCCCGGCUGGAUUUCCUCUGGCGUGUCCAGGCCAAGGAGGAGAUCAACGAGAUGAAGGAGCUCCGGGAACACAAUGAGAACAUGCUCCGGAAUAUUCUGCCAAGUCACGUUGCCCGCCAUUUCCUGGAGAAGGAUCGGGAUAAUGAGGAGCUUUACUCCCAGUCUUACGAUGCUGUGGGUGUGAUGUUCGCCUCCAUCCCGGGCUUUGCCGACUUCUACUCCCAAACAGAGAUGAACAACCAAGGAGUGGAGUGUCUGCGCCUCCUCAACGAGAUCAUUGCCGACUUUGACGAGCUGCUUGGUGAGGAACGUUUCCAGGACAUUGAGAAGAUUAAGACUAUUGGCAGCACAUACAUGGCUGUCUCCGGACUGUCACCAGAAAAACAACAAUGUGAGGACAAGUGGGGUCAUCUGUGUGAGCUGGCCGACUUUGCCAUCGCCCUGAACGAGAGCAUCCAGGAGAUCAACAAGCACUCCUUCAACAACUUUGAGCUAAGAAUUGGCAUGGCACAUGGCUCGGUGGUGGCGGGUGUGAUAGGCGCCAAGAAGCCCCAGUACGACAUCUGGGGUAAAACAGUGAACUUGUCGAGCCGCAUGGACAGCACAGGCGUGAGUGGCAAGAUCCAGGUGCCUGAGGACACCUACCUGAUUCUGAAGGAGCGAGGCUUUGCCUUUGAGUACCGUGGCGAGAUCUACGUGAAGGGCAUCAGCGAGCAGGAGGGCAAGAUCCGCACACACUUCCUGAAGGGCCGUGUGCAGCCCAACCCGCUCAUCAUGCAGCCGCGUAAGCUCCAGGGCCAGUACUCGCUGGCAGCCGUGGUGCUGGGCCUGGUCCAGUCGCUCAACCGGCAAAAGCAGAAGCAGAUCCUGAACGAGAACAACAACUCGGGCAUCAUGAAGGGCCAUCACCACUACAACAGGAGGACGUUGCUGGCCCCUGGGGGGACAGAGGUUGGGCAUGCCGAAGUGGCAGAUAAGACUGAGUUGCCCUGAAGAGGCCCACUGCAAAAAGGCAGGGAGGGAGGGGACUUGACAGGACUGUGCUUUCUGUUUUCAUCCGCCCUCAUUGCAUCGAUUUGUCCAUUCAUCCAUCUGUCCAGCCAUCAAUCCAUCUAUCCUUCUGUCAAUUCAAUGUUCUGCCUACUAUACACCCUAACCCCUUGCCUGGUGUCAAUGUUUCUGUUUUGUAUUUAUUUUAUAUAAGAGAACACAAUAAAGGAGUUUAAUUUUUUAUAGAUAA